CCGAACAGCUGUAUAAGUGCUGCUCAUGUAACCUGCGUGAACAUUCUUGUUAAGCUUUAUUUUAAAAUUGACUUCAAAAUGCUACGCCGUCUUACACAAAUCAGCGCCAAGCAGUUGACACGCCCACAGUCCACUUCUGCAGCAGGCGCCAAGGACAAAUGGGAUUUGUAUGCUGGUGUUUUGGUUGAGCGCCUGCCGGUAGUGUCAAAAACGCUUAAUCCUUUGGAGCGCCAGUUUCAGGACAUGCUCUGGAAAGUGGAGCUCGAAAACAGCCUGAAAUCGAACCAUGAGUUGCAGCACGAGCGUGAUCUGAAGCAAGCGGAAAUGAUUAAACAAGGCAAGGUGCAGGUGGAUUUGGAUGACAGUGCUGCGAAGCAAACAGCGCAGGAUUUGAAAGAUGCCUACACAGAAGAGUUGAAAAAAUUCCAAUUAGGCUCCCGUAACACGCCGGACGAUGCGGCUAAUAAAAUUACCUCGACGGAUCGUUGCCUGGAAGAUACACUUUAUCUGCUGGUUCAGCAGAAGUUGGGACCACAGCAGCAUUUUGUGUUGCCACAAGGUCAGCGACAAGAAGGCGAAACUAUGAGGCAAACAGCAGAGCGCGUGUUGCGCGAACAUUGUGGCAAGGAGCUCCAAGUGUUCUUCUACGGCAAUGCGCCUGUGGGUUUCUAUAAGUACAAAUAUCCCAGCAGUGAGCGUGCGGACAGUGUGGGUGCCAAGGUCUUCUUCUAUCGCGCCUCGCUACGCGGAGGCAUUGUAGAUGAAAAGCAGACGUCCAAGUACGAGUGGCUGCCCAAAGAUGCGCUUAACCAAAAGCUUAAAAGCACUGCCUAUGCGGACAGCAUAAACAAGUUCUUGAUUUAAUUUAAAUGUAUUUCUGUUGCAAUUAUAUCUUAAAUAAAAGGUUUA